AUGUCAGUCACGAUCGAUCCGCGCAUUUUCAUCCAACCUUCGACCCAUCUGCUCCAAUUGAUCGCCAACUCGGAGGCCGGCCUUGGGUCUGAAUUGGAUCAACUCAAAAAGGCACUCGAUGGGACCGAUUCGCGAAUGGAAGUGGGUCAUGUUCGACUAUUGCACCAAUGUCUUCGCGACGGUCAGUUGUCGGCUGAUCAGCCUUUUCACGCACUUCUGGCCGACUGCCACAUGAUUUUGCCCGAGCCGCGAUUCCCGCCCCGGGAUCCCGAGCUUGAGGCCCGAAUUCAACGGUUGAGAGCCCAACAAGCCAACCGAGACUACCAAAACAUGACUCGCAAUAUUAAUCAGAAGGACAUCAUGUCUUCUCUCAUGAGCGACGACGAACCUCUUUCCAAGCAAUUUAAAGAGAUCAACAACUAUUUGCUGUUGAUUAUCCAAUUCGUUCUGUCUGUGGGCACAUCAUUUGUGGCUGGAUAUCUGUUUCCUUACUACUUCUACGGGAUUGUGGACGUGGGCAAACGGCUUUUGGUCGGGAUCAUCCUGGCCUUCGUGGUGGCCAUGGCCGACUUGUAUUUUGUGAUCCGGUUCUUCCUCGAAACCGACGGAGUCAUCAACGUCACGGGAAAGCGGGACAAGUUGAAGAACUCCUAGGCAUGAUUGGGUUUGGUUGACAAUACAUUGUUCAUUUUUCGUUAA